AAAUUGAAAUUUAAAAGUUACUUAGGAGCAAAUCUUAUACUAAAAGUAGAACUUAAUUAUAUUACAAGAAAGACAGCUUGACAACAAUUGAAUAUUAAUAUUUCUGAAUCUCCCUUUAUAAGAGAAGGAUGGUGUGGAAAAUUCCAUCUGCCUCUCCCCUAAACCAAACCCUCUUCUUCUGAGCUCUGCUUCCAACACGUUAAUGGCGCUCUAAUCAACCAUCUGUUUCUCGACUCUCUCUUUCACUGCUCAGAUUUGUUUCCCUGUUUCUGAGACAAUGGAUUCUCUCGCGGCUACUCUCUCGCCGCUGCUCCCUUUUGUGGCGUCCUUUGUGUUUCUCAUUAUCUUUCUCGAGCAGAUCUCUUAUUUGAAGAAGAAACGAUCCGUUCCUGGCCCCGCUCUCGUCCCCCCAUUCGUCGGAAACGCGAUUCCGCUGGUCCGAAACCCUGCCCGGUUCUGGGAAAUCCAGGCGUCUCUGGCCAAAUCCUCCGGCACCGGUUUCUCGGUCAACUACAUCGGCGGAAAUUUCAUCGUCUUCAUAAGCGACACCGAGCUCUCUCACAAGAUUUUCGCCAAUGUACGUUCCGAUGCUAUGAAUCUCGUAGGCCACCCGUUCGGGAAGAAGCUAUUCGGCGAGGAUAAUCUGAUUUACAUGUUAGGGCAAAAGCACAAGGAUCUCCGCCGUCGAAUCGCUCCUAAUUUCACGCCCAAAGCCCUGUCUACAUACACCGCGCUCCAGCAGAUUGCCAUUCUCAAGCACUUGAAACUCUGGGACCAGAAGUCGUCGGAAUCCUCGCCCAAGCCGAUUCCAUUGAGGUUUCUCGCUCGGGAUCUCAAUCUCGAGACCUCACAGACGGUCUUCGUCGGACCGUAUUUGAGCGAAGAGG